AUGAAAAAUCAGAAAUUAAGGGCUAUACUGAAUGCGGUAACUGUGGUGCUUAUUUUCUUUACCAUGCUGUGCAGAGGAGGUGGAGAUGCUCUCAAUAGUCCAGAAGAAGUAGCUAGCACACCUGAAGAUAGAGAUGCAUCGGUAACAGAGAACGACCUAGGUUUUAACUGGUUUGUGGCAGACUCGAAUGGCGCCCAUAUAUGGGAUCUAACAAAAGCAAUAGAAGAGUUUAGGGACAUAUACCACCCGCCCUCACCGUCUGAAAAAGAAGCUACUGAGUGCGGCACCUCUCUUGCUUCUACGGAGAAAAAAAAGAGCGCAAGAUCGGCUGUAAGAAGAAAAAGAAAAGCACAGAAAGAUGAAUCUGUGCCUCAGCCUGCACCAAAGAGCAAGAAAGAAGGCAGCAGACUGGAGAAUGUUAACAUCAAAUUGUGGAGUGACGUGCGGUUGACCAAUAAAAGAAGAGCAAACAGCACAAACAACCACAGGACAAUAUACUUGGACAGGGAUGGCAAGUUCAACGAAUGCGUGCUCCUUGAAAUAACAGAAGGCGCCUACCAGGAGAAAAUCAGAGAAUAUCUGGAAAAAUUUUCAGAAAACAUUGCCCCUCGAAUAGAGAAAAACGCGCUGUGGUACUUCAUUGCGUGCAGAACGUCAAAUUUAAAUACAAGAAAAAAAGACCUUUUGGGAUUGAAAGAGCUGCUCAAGGAAGAAAGCAGAAACAAACAUAAGAAAAUGUUGAUGGAUCUCCAAGGAUACUAUCCCAAUGUGAUUGACGACAUGCUGGCAUAUGUGGAAAAACAUAAGCCGCUGAGAGCCAAUAAACAACGCCCUCCAACUGUAUGGAACAAAACUUUGGGAGACAUUUACAUACAGAGAGGGCUUGAUUUGAACUAUGCGAUGGUGGAAGAGCAGGACAAGAUCAGCCAAGAAUACAGAAAACACUCAGCCUUGGCGUAUGCUCUGCGAAUGAUUCUCGCACUACCUGAAGUGCAUCAAGACUUUUCCAAGAUCAGCACAGUAUUUAUAGAAGCUACAGAGGUGUAUAAAAGCUUUUCUAAAAACAAAAAAGCACACAAAGUCCUACUAGCCAUACACACACUAGUAAAGAAGUCUGCAGAGAGCAAUAAAAAAAUAAAAAGUGUGUAUGAGGUCAUUCACAGCACUCUUGAAAGUAUGCAGAAAAAAGACAAAAAAAAGGAGAAAACAGUCUCUGAGUUAUACAGAGAUCUGUACAUGAUUCUUGCAGAUUUCUAUGCAAAAGCAAAAGUUUUUGAUGAUAAAAGAUAUAUCUUGGCGGGCAAGUGUGCUAUAAAACAUCAAAAAUACAUCAGAUGUGAAGCAGCCCUAGAGUUUGCAGCAGACGGCUCUUUCAAACAACUCCGUGCUCCCAAAUAUUCACCAGAGAUGGAUAAGUGGGAUGUUUCGCCAGGCGUAAAACCACACUAUCAUGUGCACUACGUAGACAACGAAACACACCGAGGUAGAAGACUGUGCAUGCCCAUAUAUAAAAAAGACGGUAGAGACGAUGCGUGCUAUAUGCAUACAAUUGAUGCUACAAUAGAGUACAUAAAGAAUUUAUAUGGAAUAGAGAAAAAUAUUCUGCACCCUUUUAAAGUAAAAAAAGGAACUGAUGAAUGGUCGUACAUCGAUGCAAGUGACCGAAGUAAAACAGCGGAGGAUUUAGCAGAGCACGAGAUAGUGUUCUACCGCAUUGAAGAAGACCUGAAAACAGUGAAGUUUACAUUUGCGAAGUUUAAGCCUUUAGUUCAGCACGGCAAGGACAGCAUUGGCAUACCCCUCUUCCUUACGCGUUUAAUGCGAUCUGCUAUAGAUCUAGGCCCGUUUGUUAUGGAAGGCGAGCACUCGGAGAUAAGUUUGGGAGCAGAGUUUAAGAAUGCAGUGCCCGGUGUGUACAAUUUUAACGAUAUUUAUAAAAAAGACGAAUACUCGGAUGUGCAUGGAUACUACAGCAAUCUAUACAUACUGCCUGAUGCAAAAAAAAGAAAGACCUUUGACUGCUACACCAUGGACUGUCAGACGGUUCUGGAAGACACAACCACUAAAGCUGUGUGGUAUGUGAAUAUGACGGACAGUGAAAAUGCGUACACACACUGUCUGCCAAAUGAAAAGUUCAAAGAAGAAGAAAAUUCUGGGGAGAUUGCUGGCUUUAUUAACACACUGGGGUCAAGACAGUAUAACAGAGACAGCAACCUACAGAGCAUUUGGCUGAAAAAUAGUGGCUUGGAAGACAAUAAGCCAGAAAACCACACACAAAAAAUCCAUACGUGGCUGAUAAAUGCUAUAGAGUAUGAUGAAUCUAAGCUGAGAGACAAAGAAAUAAUUGAGAAGAAAAUAAGAGUCUUUGAAGAAAGCGUUCGAAGAUCAGAGAAAAGGUUCACAGCACUAGAUGGGAAAAUAAAAGAGCUGAAAAAGCAGGGCAAUAAAAACAAAAACAAAAUAGUAAAGCUAAAUAAGGAAAAGAAAUCAGCUGGCUGUAUAAAAUAUAAAUCAAAGAAGAAUAUAGAAGAGCUGCGCAGAGAGCUACACGAAGUAGUGUCUGAAAAGCCAGAUGAGCAGGUAGAGCUCAUAGUAUUCCGGAACGUGAACAGCAGCAACUCCAACCUGGGGGCACACAAUGAAAUUCUUGAUCCUUUGAUCUCGGCCUAUAACAAGUAA